AGGCAAGAUAAUCUUCAUGGACUAAUGACCAGUUUACAACCUCGUUGCUACAAAUAGUCCGCUUUUCAUUGGUAACUAUGAAAGUCACAAGGGCAAAGAAGCUAUUUGUAUGAAGGAUUGAGCGCUUGAAAGGAGCGGGUUGCACCAACACUGUCAAUCCUUUGUCCAAAAGUGAGGCUUCCAGUGAUUUCCAGUGUCGUGUAGCCAGAGGUCGGGUUAAAUGACGAACUGGCUUAAAGAACGUGGCGUGGUGAACGUGUUUAUCACACCUUUUUUAUGUCGGCCGUGAAGUAAGUUAUAAAUGCAUGGGAAAGUUAAUUGCUUGCGUACAAGGAGCGAGGUGCGUGCUCUAGUCACACAGUGUAACACAUACGGUCAUAUGGUGGUUCGCUGGAGACUUUAUGUGUGAAAUGGGACGUGUAGGGUGUGACCCAGGAAUGUGUGAGGAUUUGACCCAGGCAUGUGUGAGGAUGUGACCCAGGAAUGUGUAAAGAUUGGACCCAGGAAUAUUCUGUGGGACGAUUUUAAAAACUGUGGAAAAAAUAUUUUCAAGAACUGGAAUUUUUUAUCAACAUUUGAAAAGGAUAAUAACUAUUUUUUGUGUUGUGGAAUUUCGUUGUUGCUCCAUUACUGAUUGUAACAUGGAUCAAGUUGAUGGUCUCAGGGUUAACCUUCGGAAUGGAUGUUAACAUUCUCUUUGGAUCUGCAUGGGAUCAAUUAACGGAUACUAUGCACACUACUAAGAGUUAAACAUCUUGGACUAGCGUGAUCACAUACUUAACAUGGUAAAACUACCCCCACUGGAGCAUCCAGUCAUGCUUCAAAAGAUCAAGCCGACACAACAUCCUACCAAUUAUUCAGAAAGACCGCGGAGACAAAAGUUCAAGUCAAUUAUACAUUACGGCCCCUCAAGACAGGAAGUAUUCGAGCGUUAUCUGGUUGACCCGGUAGUGGUGGUGCGAGGUACCCUUCCGAUUUCUCCACCCCAAAACCCCGUGAAAGAGAAAAGACCAGUGCUCAGACGUAGACAUUCGUCACUUAAACAAGACAUUACAGAUACCUAUAUACAGACAGCCGUGAAUAUUGACAUAGAAGCGGAAGUUAAACUCGAGAGAAACAACAGUUUCGAGGAUCUUCAACGGAGUUUGGGAAAAUCCAACUUUCGUGGUUUGAGUCGAUUACGUGAGGACGAUGUGGAGCCGAUUGAAAGGUUCAAGAGAUGUGUGGAAAAAGUCGUCUGGAUUCAGAGAUUUGUCGGAACAGGAAGAGAAAAUGGUAAACGCGACAUCAAGGACUGGAAGCUUAUGUCAUGGACGUUGGUUUACGAUGACCUUGGCCUCACGAAGAGGUCAUAUGCUGACCUUGGUUUGUCCUUUGAUCCUACAGAGUUUAAGUUGAAAAAAGAACAUCACAUCAGUACCGAGGCGAAGGAGAUUCUAUGCAUGAAGCCCACAGAUCGGACCGAGGAGCAGCUCCAUACAGCGCAGUUAUCUCUGGACCAGGCCGUGGAUGCAUUCAACGAGUUCCCCAUCAAGAUGCAGAAGUCCCUUGUCAAGGCAGGGUGGUACGAACAAUUUGAAGCUGGGAGGGUCAUCAUUCGUCAAGGACACAUUGCUGAUAACUUUUACAUGAUUCUCUCAGGAACAGCUGUAGUGACGAUAUUAGCGACGAAGGACUCCGGAGAAGUAUACACCUUCACAGCCAAUAUACUGCAGAAAGGCUAUUGCUUUGGGGAACUGGCUCUGAUUAACCAUGCCAAGCGGAGCGCCACAGUCACAUGUCGAGAUGACGUCGAGCUCCUUGCACUGGGCAGGGAGGACUUUCUCGACUUAUUUACGAAGGCAGAGCGUGGUAAAGAUCCCGAGCACAUCAACUUCCUCAAGACACUACACAUACUCCGGGACUGGCCUGUUGAUAAAAUACCUCAUGGCAACCCCGAAGUCUGUAUCUUCAUAUACGUCAGGAGAGACACCGUGCUGUGUAAGGAGAGCAAUUCUGGAGAGUGGGUGUACGUCAUCAUGACAGGGUCGUGCCGAGUGUUGAAGAACCUGGACGACACGAAGCCCACACUGACCAGGGUCGGAAACCAGACCCUCACAUCGCCCCGGACUAAAACCCCCACACCUCGAGCUACUCCAACACCUCGAGCAAAGUCCCCCGCGGUGGUGUCAGACGCUACGUCAACGACGGACGAUCAGCCCACACCACGUCAACGGAGACAUGGCGUCGUGACAUUGAAGGCAGCUCACUUUGAAAGGUCAAGGCCAAGUGACGACCAAGAUGAAGAAAGAGAGCCCGUGGUGAUCCAGCGAAAACCCGAGCACCAGCGGAGGCUCGACAGGGAGUACAGGCGUCUGCACGGCAGACUCACCAGGAAACAGCACAGGAAGAUCCUCGAGGCCGUGCUUGAUGAGAGGAGCAUACUCCCGUCCAUCAGCGGCGAGACACCCCGCACGUCUCCUCGCAUCAGCAUGAGACGACACCACGACAACUUCCAGACCAAGCCUCAAGUCUUCAUCGAGAUUGCCAAACUUGGGCCUGGCGACAUUUUUGGCUUGGAGCAGGUGGUGAUGGCGGGGAUCAAAGACACAACCAACUGCAGCCUCGUGUCUGAUGGAGCUGAAUGUAUUCUCAUUAACAGGAAGUUCUUUAAGAAGCACCUGUCGGAAGAGCUUGCAAAGAGAAUGAGAACAGAGAUUCAACCAUUUCCGUCUGAAGACACUCUGCAGCGUAAGCUUCAGACACAGACAAACUGGGACGCCUUCAGACAGAUGACUGUGGACGACCAGGUGUCCUACAAUAAACACGUCCACAACAGCACAACGAAAUACUGAUUGUAGUGGACUACAUACGGCAAAAACCUAUAAAGGGUGCCUUACUUGUGACGCGGGUAUAAAAAAAACUUAUGAAACACUUCAAUGAAAUAAUGAUCGAUUAUCCAGCGUGGCAUAUCUCCUUCCAUUAUGAUAAAUACCCUAAUAUUCUAAUUACACGGCACCUAAAAUCGUCAUCCAAUCAAAUUACACGAUUUCGUUAACAGAGAAACUCCGUAUAAAGAUAUCACAAGGACUCGCCUAAUGCACCGUCUCAAAUACAACAAGAAAUGCCUGAUAGCAAUAAGUACUUCCCUCUCCUUUCAAAAAAACAUCUUUUCCAGUUCAAUCUGAUUUGUAAUAUAAUACUUUAUUUGAAAUAUUUAGAGGGCUUGCUGGAACGAGGCCGUUAGUUUGAACGUAGAUGUCGAACUUUCGGCCAGUCGUUAUAUUGUGUUUGGGUGACGAGUUCAGGCUCAUCAGCAACAAAAAUCCUAUGCUAGGACACCAGAGAUGAUAACUGUGACGUUACUUCCUCGCCCGCCACGAUGAUUUGGUGUCGUAUUGAUCCAGGGUAUGUAUGUCGUAAUGGAAUGGAAAUAAAAUACGCUGGAUAAUCGAGGUUGAACUAAGUACAUGUGAUGUAGUGAGGUCAGGGUGACGGUUGGCCAAGCCGUCUAAGGAUCCGCAAGGUGCGGAGCUCCAUCCACUAACCUAUGAUCGUGGGUUCGAAUCCCGGGUUCGCCCUUAUUAUGUCUGCUAGAUUUGUGAGUACCAUACACGUGCUCGUGGGUUUCACCAAAGGGGUAAACGUGCCUCACCUCGGAUUGUCCUGUCGCAUCAGCAUAAAACGACUGCGGCAUUAGAACCAAACUCACUCACUCACUCGCGCGCCCAGCUAUAGGGUCUCGUCCAGUCGCUGUUGACAUCAAUUAUGAUCAACUGCUUACUCUUUGGAAUACGGUAUUUGGUAUGUUCUGAGACUCAUACAGAUCUAAAGACAUUAGAAUGAAUUAUCUUUCAACAAAAUCCUUUUCCAUUUUGCCACACUUUUACCAGCGAUGUUGGAAGGACUUUAUCCCAGUUUCGUCCAAAAAGUUCUUCGCAGCUGCCAUCACGUCAUCGUCCUAGCAGAAUGGGGUCUGGUUAGAGUUUUCGUCAUGUUUGGGAACAGAUGUCUGACAGAACCAGACAAGGGGAAUAGGGUGGGUGCUGAAGGAGUUCAAAGUCACACUAGUGGAUUGUAGCCAUGAAAACGACUGAAUUGUGCACUGGCGCGUUGUCCUGAUGGAAGUGCAUACAUAUUUAGUCAGCUUCCAACUUAGAAUUUCACCCCGUAACUACCUUGAAGUGCAGCAAAAUGUGUACCAUUUAUUAUCUGGCAUUUUUGGAAGAUAGUCCAUCACGAUAACACAUGCAUCCCAGAACACGUGACGACAACUUUUCUAGCCCGUGGGACAGGCUUUGUCGUAAAUGGUGGUGAUGAUGCUUUCACGUUGUCGAUUGACGUUUGGGCAUGGUUAACCCAGGUUUCAUGCAUAGUCACAAAACGAUGUAAGAACCUUUCUGGUAAAGCUUUAGACAGAGCUAUAUUAUCAUGAGACAUGUGGUAUGUUUUUCAUCAAAUGUCAGAAGCCUUGGACCCCACGAAGCUGAUACUUUCUUCAUGGCCAAAGUUUCUGUGAUAAUGGAAAGUACUCUGUGCACUAGCAACAAGACAUUCGCCGGUCGAUCACCACCAUAUCUGGAUUCUCUGGAUCCUUUCUGGUGUUGCUGACAUGACGGGCCUUCCAGGAAAGGGGUCAUCUUCAGCCCUCCCAGCCAGGCUUAAACUCUGCUGCUCACCACUUUACAGUGGCACAAGAAGGGACAUCCUUCCAUAGUGCUGUACUCAUAUCUUCAUGGAUGACUUUUGUUGUUGUACAAGUAUAUGAUCACCACACGUCCCUCAAGUUUGAGAGGGCACGGGUGGCCCAGUCGUCUAAGGCGCCGCGAUUCGCUGUGCAGAGUUGCGUCCCUUAGGCACGCCAGAAACCUGUGAUUGUGGGUUCGAAUCCCGGUUCGCCCCGAUUAUGUUUCUAG